CAGUUGGUUGAGGCUUUCAUCCGCCCCAAGCCGUGCCAAUCCAUCAUGGUCCGUAGUCGUUGACCAGACGCGGUCCAGACCACACCGCCGGCAUUUCGAGAGUUUUCCGCGGGCGUUGUUUUCGAGUUUUGUUCCGAUCACGCGGUCGCGACGACCUUUUUCCACAAACGAUACAGUUUUGUUUAUGUUCUAGUGUGGACCCAGGAGAUUGAUGGAAUUAGGUGAUGUACCGUUCUCUUCUGAAGUGUGUGGUGUGUUUGGAAUAAUUUGAAUAGCAGGGUGUUGUUGAUUCAAUCAGCAGGCGGUUUUGUUAUGUUUUCUGAACGGGGCCAGUGACAGAAUUUUAAUGGCUCGAGAGAAUCGGAUUGGGUUGUGCGAAAAAUUGGGGGUUCGUAGCUUGUGAAUAAUUGAUGUCACAUUGUGUGCGUUCGAUUUUCUGGAGUUGAAUAUCAGCGAAGGUUCAAUAGCAGUGAUGUGAUUGAUGCAACGCGAUACAAGUUAUAUCGUUAUGAAAGAGCAUCGAGGAAAGGGUUAUUUAAUUUGAGAUUUCCUGAAGAUCGUUGAUUGAUAGUGAAACUGCAAAGUGGACAAGUGAAAAACGAUGGAGGUUGUCACUUUCAACGCAGCCCGUCUUAUACUUGUGGGCAACAACAACAAGCUCAAGCAACAAGUUCACACUAAUGGAACGCUUCGUUCCAUCAAACAGCGACGAAAUGCUAAACUGUCUCAUACGCAACAGCAGCAGAAAAUCCCGCCCUGUCGUAUCUUGGUAAGUGCGGAGAUCAACUGCGAUAACUCAUCUGGAGACUCGCAGAUUACAAACGAUAGCAACAAUAAUAAUCGGGCGUCAGAGGGGGGAGAUGUGACGAAAAAAUUUACCAACAGCACCAGCAGUCAAGCCAUCCGGUUGGCUUCCGGUGGUGCUGGAGGUAAAAACAUCACUGGUCCCAUAACAUCCGGAUCGAUCCCGAUCGGGGGCUCCGGCAAUCACAAACCAGUUAAUUUGACGCUAUCGAAAAUGUCACUGUUGUGGAAUACGAGUGGCUGGCUGAGAAUCUACUGCGGUCCGGAUCGAAGUGCGGUGAGCUGUGAGGAUCCGAGUCGGAUGGUUCACGUAAUUACGACCGCAACUACCCUGGACGUUGUGAAAGAUAUGGACCUGCCGAUGGAUUACACCCUGUGGAUUCAAAUCGGCGGUUCCAAAGCGCGCCGACUGGAGGAGAACGAGUACCCAUUGCUGGUGCAGGAGGAAUUCCUCAAAUCUCUGGGCUAUUUGGACGAAUCCCGCCGCGCACGACUGGGAAUCGACCCGGAGCUGAAACAUCUGAUCCGGUUCUACAUCGGACCGGCCGAGAUCCCAAUGUGCAAGGGCGUUCUGCGAUCGGGAACGGUUGAAGUGCUCAAAGGUCUGGUGUUUCCCCAGUGGCGCAAACGCUAUUUGGCUAUCGUUGGAACCCGAUUGGUUGUGUUUCCAGCAAGCUCCGGUAUGUCACCGGAAGUGUACGAACUGGCCGGGGCAGAAAUUUACGAGCAUCCACCCGGUUACAAUCGACUGAUCAUCAAAAUUGUGCCAAAGUCAGCGGAGCUCAAUGGGACAAAAGAAAGUCUAAAUCGAUUCGUCGAGGGUGCCGGCAGCAACUUAAACCAACAGCUUCAGCAAGCUAAUUCCGGCGGUGACCAUUCCGCCAAUCAGAAUAACGAAACCGUACUUUUCCUGGGCUUUGAGGAAUCUUGGGAACGGGAUCAGUGGAGCGAUUGGCUUUCCGAGGUUAAAACCGAUGGCAGCAGUAGUGAAAGUAGUAACACCAAACGUGUAGAUCUUGGUGAUUCCGGGCUACAACAAAUCCCGGAAAUAUUCUUGCAGUCUUCGGGAAAUGUCGAGGAGCUGCUGGCGGGGAAGAAUAAAUUGCAGGAGCUAGCCCUGAGGGCUUUGGGGGAGUUUACGCAUCUUAAAGUGUUACGGUUGAAUGGAAACGCGCUGAGGAAUUUUCCGGACAGUUUGUACAACCUGAAGAAUCUUAGGAUUCUCGAUCUGGAGGACAAUGAAAUUCGUCGGAUUCCGGAUAAGAUUGCACAGCUCACUGGUCUUGAGGAGGUGAUACUGGAGAGGAAUGAACUGCAGGAACUGCCGGACGCUUUGCAGCACCUGCUGGUCCAUCUCCGAGCUCUGAAUGUUGCCUACAAUCAGCUGGACAAAUUGCCCGACUUCAUGGUAAAUAACAACAUGCGACCGGGGGGCCUUUUCCAGCGAAAUGAUUCGCUCAGGAAUGGCCACCGGAAGAACUCGCUGGAGGAGCACAAAAUCGACUCCACACUCACCAAGGUUAACCUGCGCGGGAAUCAACUCAAGGGGAGCAUCAUAUUGGGCAACUAUGGGCUCCUCACGCAGCUGGAUGUCAGCGAGAACUCCAUCGAGAUUAUGGAUCUAUCAGCACUGGAUAAACUGGAAACGAUUCAGUGCUGCCGGAACAACCUGAAGGAACUGACGCUGAACGGCCGACAUCUCCAUUCUCUGAUUGCCGGAAACAACAAUCUUACCAAAAUUAUGGUCCGAGCUACGCCAACCAAUCUGAAGCACAUCGACAUCAGCUUCAACAGUUUGAGGGAGCUUCCGGAUUGGUUGGUCGGAUGUCACCAGUUGAGAACGCUGUAUGCCAACAACAAUCAGCUGCACGUAAUAUCGGAACAUCUGUUGAACAACGAACACGCAACCCUAGUUACGUUACAUCUGGCCUACAACCGGUUAACCAACUUUCCUCCGAUGGUGAAGCGGAAGCUUCCGCUGCAGAAGUUGUAUCUGCAGUGCAAUUUGAUCGAAGAUUUACCGGAAAACUUUUUCAUAGCCUGCGAGCGGCUUACGAUACUCAACAUAUCCAGCAACAAGCUUAUGACGUUACCGAUCAUCUUUGGGACCAACUGUCAUUUGGAAAGGUUGUACGCCACGAACAAUUGUCUGACGGAUAGGGUGCUGGAUUCGUUGAUUUGUUUGACCCGUUUGAAGAUUUUGCACAUUGGAUACAAUCUACUGACUACGCUGCCAGAGACAUGUAUUACUUGCUGGGGAGAACUAGAGGAGCUGGUGAUCUCGGGGAAUAAGUUGAGGCAUUUGCCGGAAAACUUAACGAACUUGCGUAGUCUAAGGGUGCUACGAGUUCAUUCGAAUCAGCUUCAAACGGUUCCACCGCUAGCAAGGAAUUUGAGCUUGCGGGUUUUGGAUUUGGCACACAAUCAGCUGGACAAGGUCAAUAUGGUGGCGUUGGUGUCGAAGAAGUUGCAGUUUUUGGAUUUGUCCAGUAACAGUCAGCUGCAGGUAGAUCCACAUCAGUUGCAGGCUUGUCGAUCGCAGCGACCCAUGAGCUUGGUUGAUGUUUCCGGGAAGAAUCGGCCUUCGCUUCCGACGGGACCGAUACCCUAUCAGGAACAUGAGAUGUACGAGCCGUGUUGGAAAGUGGGAUUCGCGGAGACGCCUGGAUGUUUACCCAAAUUGUAUAUUUCUCAGCUGAGGUUGCCAGGGUUCUGCAAUACAGAAGGACUGUUCGGAAUGUUUGAUGGUGAGGUGAGCAAUGUCAUUCCUAACAUGUUGAUCAAGACGAUUCCAAAGAUUUUGUUAGAGGAACGAACUGUGAAGGAGACGGCCAACGAUUAUAUGAAGUACACACUGCUGUCAGCUCACCGAGAACUUAAGCAAUUGGGACAGCAUGAGUCAGUAAAUGUAACCCUAUGUCACAUUUCCAGAAGCAAGAUUCCUUCGGAGGUUAUGAGCUAUCUACCUCCAGCUUCAACCGGAAGGAAGUUUGUAUUGAGAGUAGCGAGUGUUGGAGAAAGUUCAGCAAUUUUGAUUAAACACAAUCGAUGUGUCAAACUGACAAACAGCAACGCUAGUAGACGGAUAGGGCUGAGUGCAAACUACCCAGUAACUGUUCCCGAUCCAGAAGUUGUUGAAAUAGUUUUGAGUGAUGCCGAUGAGUACCUGGUAAUUGCGAAUAAAAAACUAUGGGAAGUUAUCACAAUGGAUACGGUAGCUGAAGAAAUCCGAAAAGAGGAUAACAUAUUGCUAGCGGCUAAGCGAGUCCAAGACAUUGCUCAGAGCUACGGAGCUGAGGAGAACAUCAGCAUAAUAAUCGUGAAGUUCAACAACCUCGGCACGGAUAUAGAUUUCUUGAUGCGAGAGCUUAGACAGACGAUCAGGAAGAAACCCUCCGGAGUGAGUAGUGUUAUGUCGGGUUUUUGUAAAUGCGGAUGCUGCUGUGAGUCCAACAACAGCUGUUGCCAUUCAGGAGCGUCCGCCAGCUUCAUGAGACAUCCAUCAGGACGCAGUGAUCGAUCCUCGCCGAGUGGUCAGAGUGAUCAAACUUCGGGCAGUGAAACCCACAUGAAUGGAACCAAAGCUAGGAUGGAUAUUUCUUCUUCAACGCUAGGAAGGAAGACAAAUCAAUACUUGACCAACGAAAGGCGAAGUUUACGCGGAGGAGUUGUUCGGGCCGUUCGAGCACGGAUAGAAGAAGAAAAGGAGAGAGAAGUCGAAGAAUCUGACUCGGCCAUGUCAGAAGAACAAUUCAAAUGUUGGGAAUAUAUGCUGGAGCAAAACACUCAACUUCUCUUCGACAAAGAACUGAACACGAUCUCGAGAGCGUUCACCAAACGACCAUCAACCAACCUCACCAGGCCUCAAAUGCGAUCCCUCUCUUCCAGUUCACCCCAACUAGCCUUAGAAUCAGAGCUCCACACUUCCCUCAAUGGAUACAACACCAUCUCGAACUCGAUCCGAACAACUCCCUUCCUUUCCAAACAUUUUGGCAGUACCCGAUCGUUCCACCCAUCGUCUUCCCAGAGCUUCUUCAAACCCAUCCGAUACAGUACAAUGCGACCCCAGCACCAGCAGCAGCAACAGCCAGCACUCAACGCGGGACCGAAUGCGGCAUACUUCGGAUCGCUGCAACGGUUGAUGCCGUACAAUCUGGAGUACGAUUUCGGCGCCAUGCAGGAACGGUACGCCGCGAAUGGUACGACGACUGUCCCGGAGGGAAGCACCAUCGAGCUGGAUGCCAUCGAUCCGGACGGUGGUCGAAUGCAGCAGUAUUGGGGUGUUGCGACUACGGAACUGUGAUUGAUCGUUGAGAUCAACUGUUCACUGAAUAAUAAUCUAAACGAACACUCGAAGUUAUAUUUAAGCUGAGUAUAUUGUUAGUAUAGCGUGAUGUUUGUAGAUUUCGAUAAGCACGAUGGAAGUAGAAGUGCUUUUUGCAGUUCGAUUACCUGUAUUUUCGAUCAAAUACGAUUUUUAGGUAGAAAUGCGGAAAUGGACAAAGCAAACUACUUAGUGUAUAUUGGAAUAAAGAAAAUAACAAAUGUUUUAUUUUCCUUGCCGUGUAUAAAGUAUAAUGUAUUCUAUAAGAAGAAUGUAUAAUAGAAAACUAAUGUAAGCUAAUAUGUGACACGCGGAUCAAUCAUAAUUUUCUCUUGUUAAAGUUUGAAAGGAGUUUCCAAUUGAUGUAAUUAAUAGUUGACUUGUGGAAUAGUAAUUAGUGUUUCCAACUUCUCAUUAGAAUAUUUUAAAAUUUGGUAUAAUAUCAUACAAAAAUGUGUAACAUUCUUGAUCAACAUGAAAUAAAUGAUUCUUUUUAUGCUUAUCGAAGAUAGU